GUUUUUUUGUUAACGUUGGGUGUAUGUGGUUUUGUUUACGGUGCUUUAUGUUUGUAUUUUGUAUUAAAUAGUGAUUGAAUGUUUUGUUAGAAGAAAUAAAAAUUGUGUGGGUUAUUUAGUAAAGAAACUAAAUUGUGUGUUUUGGAUUUUGGGUUUGGGUUUUGCAUAGUUAAAAUUUUGAAAUAGAAUAGUUGUUUGAUGUUUUGAAUGUAAAAUUAAUUUUUAGUAUAAUAUAAAAAAAAAAAGAAAAAAGUGUUUGAUUUGAUAUUUUUGGGAAAAUUUUUUUAUGUAAUAGUCAAAAUCCUUCAAAAUACCCCAAAACAAACACACAACAAAGCCCUUCUUAUGCUUUAUUACUUGUUCUAGAUGAUUUUUUUGGAGUGGAAAUUAGUGGUUGGAUUGAAUGCUUUGGUAUGGUUUAAGUGUUGAAAAUUGUGUUUUUGGCAGGAAAGAAGUUUUAUUCCAAAAAAAAGAUCGAAAGAAUACAAUGUUUUAAGUGUUGAUGCAUGUUUUGAGGCUAGUAUAUGUGUGAAGCUGAUUUGUUUCUUAGUUUUGUUUAGUUUGAAUUUAUAAAUAGUAAACAUUGAUCAUUAGGUAGGAAUUAUGAUGAACUUAAGAGAUUAAAGAACUAACAUUAGAAAGGGAAUGAAAUCGAUAGAAAUUAAAUAUAGACGAGAAUAAAUAAAUGGAUAAUUUGAAUAAAAAAUAUACUGGAUUAUGGAUAUGUUCUUAUCAUAUUCAUAUUAUUAUAUUUAGUUUUCUAAAGAACUGUCAGACAUGAUUAAACAAACUUGGCUACAGCAAAAUACAACUCAAAAGUGAGCUUUACUUUAAUUUUUUUAGAAUAGAAAUACACACACUUAUUAAUGUAUGUAAACAUAGACACACUGCCCAUAACACAUAGAGUCUCCUUCACAUCCAUCUGUGCAAUUCCAAUUCCAUCGCCGCGGUUUGUGUUGAUUCUCCAUUCUGUUUUUGCGAUUUGAUUAAGAGCACAGGUUGUAUUUUAGUUGAGUGUGAAUCCAUUUGUUUCGAUUUUCACUUUUACCCUAAUCAUGUGCUGUUUUAGGAUGCUGUAGUUAUGUGUAGUCUGCUAGUUUCUUGAAAAUUCUGCGAUUCUGAUGGGUUUUAGAAAGCAUUGGCUGAUGAUUUGGGUCGUAUUGCUAUGGUUGAUUUCUGGAGGAUCCGAAAGCUCUACUAGGGAUUCUUUAGAUAGUUCGAUUUCUGACUUUGCUUUGAAGGAACUGCCUAAGCCUCGUACAGGUAAACUUUACAAAGUCCCUCUUUCUGCAAGAUUUUCAGGCAUGGAAGUCUCUGUGAUUCGCCUCCGAGCUAGCAGUUUAUGGAAGAACGGAGUUAGUUAUGGCUCAAUCAAAAUCCCACCGUUGGUGUUGCCGUCUCCUUUUGUAAGGAGACUUGAUUUAAUUUAUAAGAAUCUAGGUAAUUGGUCAUCACUUUACUAUAGUGUGCCGAAUUACAUGAUGAUUACUCCGGUGAUAGGAUUCUUAGCGUACGAUCCUAAUAGAAGUUUCACGAGGUAUGAUCUGAUUGAGCUUGAGCUUAUGGGGAAUAAUUCAUUUAUCGUUAAUUUCCCAAAUAUUUCUGCCAAGGGAGGUGGGGAUGGUGGUGUGAAAUGUGUGAAGUUCGAUAGGAAUGGGACAAUUGAGUUUAGAAAUUUAAGCGGUGAAAGAUCGUGUGUUUGGAGGAGACACGGUCAUUUCUCUCUUGUUGUGCCUUAUGGAGCGAAGGGGGAGAUGAAUAGGAGGCGGUGGCGGCGGCGGCGGCGGUGGUUGGUGGUGGUGGUUGGAGUCGCAGGGUUGAUCUUUGUUAUUGUGGGUGGUGUUGUGAUUUUCCGGUGGACGAAAGGGAGAAUGAUGAAGAAAAUGGAGGAAUUAUCGGAAGGCGGUGAGGGCUUAGGCGUGAUUUGGGUUGGCCGGAGUAGAAUGCCGGCUGCUCUGAGUGUUCGGACACAGCCGGUUCUUGAAAAUAGAUCGGUUCCCUAGUUUGUUUGUUUUUUCUUUUUGGUGUAGAUUUAUUGCAAGUUGUUUGGGUGUAUUUUUUUUUUUAGGCAAACCAUGUAGCAGAUGACCUGAAGCGUCGGAAGUUGCAGUUACCACCGAGCCAUCCCUUGCGGGAGUUGCUUGAUUUGAAGGUCUUGUGUUUUUUUUAGGCGAAUUUGGAAUAACUUGGUGAUUGCUUAUUAGUUUGUUGUGCUGUAGAUUUGAUUACAAUAGAGAUUUAUAUCAUCUUUUAGUUUGUUAAUAUUUUCAGCAAAACCAGCAGCUGCAUCGAUGGUUUCUCCUGUCCAGAAUAUGGAGCA